GGGGGCGCUGCUACUUGUAAAAAUGUAAAUAGGUAGGGCCUAUGGAGUGAUCAACAGCUUAAUUGCGAUUGUUUACUGUAGCUAGUGUAACACAGACAGAUUCAUGAUGUUACCAUCGGCGGGACACUGUAUAAUCUUAUGGAUAGCUUUCUUAUAUGGCUCUUUAGCAGGUUCUUUAGACAGGUGCCCCAGUGUCUUCAAACGAGUUGGGGAGUACAAGACAGAGCAUGGUGAUAUGUGCUACAUUUUUAUAAACACUGAGAAAACAUGGGUAGAUGCUCGACAACAUUGCUGGUCAUGGGGAGGAGAGCUCAUCAUGAUAAAAAACCAGGAAAAGAUGAACUUUGUCAUCCACACAAUGAAUUCUGUCUUGAGAUGGCGAAAUAAUGGAGUGUGGAUCGGAGCUCAUGAUCGAAAUGGAAAGGGAUGGGAAUGGACAACUGGAGAGAAACUUACCUGGGGCUAUUGGGCCCCUGGACAACCCAGUACCACAGCUGGAAUAUCGAUAGAGGAUUGUGCAUUAAUGAGGCGGGGGGAUGGAUGGAGAUGGCAUGAUUAUCACUGCGACUCCUCACUCUUUUUCACCUACAAGUUUAUCUGCCAGUAUCAUAAGCUGCCACCAACCACCACCACUAGUACCACUACCACUACAACGGUUACACCUCUCCCUAGUACAACCACUAGUACAAGUACCACUACAGUUAGUUCCACUACUACAACAAGUGUUCUUAUGACUGAUGAAAAGAUUGAGCCUGAACUCAUUAAGUUUCAAAAGGCGGACUUUAUUGCAGACAAGUUGAACCAAGGAGAGGGAUCUGUCAGUAAUUCUGUUGUGGGUGGUGAGUCAGGGGCAGAUAAUUCCAACAAAGACACUGGAAUUCUUGCUGGAAUAAUUGUUGGAGGAGCGAUUCUGAUUUUAAUCGUGGCUGUUGGAACUCUUCUCAUAAGAAGAAGAAGACGGAAUAAAUUUGAGGAUCUAUCUGUGCAGUUCCAAAAUCUAUCCUACUCAAGAGUAUCUCAGAGUGGACAAGAUGGAAAUGCUGCUAGCAAUGUGUACAUGGACACAAAUGAAAUGAAUCGUCUUUAUGAGGAAGUGAACAAACAGGUUAACCAUGGGGUGAAUUGCUUCAGUGGAACUGUUUUGGAUAUUCCCGUGCCUGGGGCAACUUAUUCGGAGGAUAACCAGGACGACGUUUGCUGCGGAGGAGUUGCAGAGGAGAGUGAUCUUAAAAAACUGAACAAUGUCGCCUAUGUAGCCAUGCCAGCAGACAGUAAGAGUCCAGCUGAGGUGAUGGAAAAUCAUUAUGUUGAUAUGAACACUGGGAACAAAGCCAAGGAGACCAAUCGCAUGAUGGAGGCCAGCCGAGUGAAGGAUCCAAGCAAGCCAUCCAAUUUGGGAGGGGAUCGUCAACCAAUGCCACUUCCAUUGUAUGCCAAUAGUGCAGAGAAUCUCCAUGAGGGAACAAUGGAGCCUGGUAGCACACUAUCGAGCGACUCCACCUACAUUAACAGUCAGGAAAGGUUUGAAGUGGAUGAAGAGGGUUACAUGAGUCCAAGAGCCACCCUGCAAGUAAACAGUGAGAGUGAAACAGAAUUAUCAACCAUAGAUAAAGAUCCUUUGUAUGAUGAGAUUCGUUAAGUUCAUUGAACAUUAAAAGUCAUAGUGAUCUGUAUAGUAUCUCCCAUUUGUCAUAUAUACUUGAACAAGAAAACAUGUGUUUAAUCAUCAUUUUUUAAAUAAGAUCAAAGGACAUUACCUGUUUACAAACUUAAAAUUUAUGCAUUAGUUGUUCGCAUGUUGAUUUUGUGAUUUUUCAAGCUUUGUUAAGAAUAUUUUGUUUCAUUUAAAAGGAAAUGUUGUUGGCAAUUAUAGAUCAGGGAGGAGUUAGAUAUAUUUAUUAGUGUUAAUAAUCUCCACUUUUGAUUAUGUAGAGAGCCAUAUACAAGUAUACUUUGGUAUAUUUAUAUUUUAUGUAUUAUAUGUUUAUUUAUUUACAAGCACAAAGUGCUACAACUUUACAUAUUUGAUAUACCCAAAAUAAAACUAUAUGCUGCACAUACAUGUACAUGUAUAAACAUGGCUCAAAUAUUAAUACCAAUGUUUCAAUUUUUUUGUGUUUGAAAAUUGUUAAAACAAAUAGUGUAUUGCUUGUGGUGUUGUAAACUUGCAUGGUUAAAGUUUGAGAUUGAACCGCUUGUAUUAAUUUUUUGUAUAUACAUGUAUGUACACAUGUACAUUUAUCCAUCUCAGUGUAUUGUUUAUAACAACUAGGUUUGUUCUAAAUAUCAUUAGUAUAAAUGUGAGGCAAAUAAAGAAUGGCAUAUUUUUUGCAUUAAAAUAAAAGGUAAAUUAUUGUACAUUGACCUGGUAAGAGAGUUACAUGUAAUUCUCCCUGGGGUUGAUGAAUUGUUAGGUGGUAAAAUUUCAGAAGAGUGUGUGUAUUUCAGUUAUACUGUAGAUUUCUUUAAGAAACUUAUUAUCUUGGAAGCAACAUUGUAUAUAAGUGCACAGAGGGUUGAUGUACUUUGAGUCACUGACUACUGAAGUCAGCUGCAUCUUUGUCAUAUAGCUAGGUUGUACCAAAACUAGAUUUAAGGUUACUGAACAAAUGAGAGCAUCAAAUUAUAAGGGCAUCUUAUCUUAGUAUAAGUGACAAUUAAGCAGGGUAUCAAACUCUCUAUAUUAUAUUUAUUUACAUGAUAUUUACUAGGUUUUUUUAUUGGAUCAUUAUGUUGAACAGUAUUAGUAGAUUUGGACUUGCUUUGAAUUUAUUCAUUCCAUUUCAUUUGUUGAAAAUGUUUAUGAAACAAUGUACAAUUUAGAUAUUGUGUUCACCUUAUGACCAUUCGUGUCAAUGAUUUCAGAAGUAAAAUCAGAAAUGAU